AUGAUCAUCUGUCUCUUGGCCCUUGUCCACAUAAUGAAACUCUUCACUGAACUGUUUCUGUUGUCUACAGACCUGUUUGACGUUCUGAACUUCCUGAAUGAUUUCAAAAGUAAGGCUUUAUUCUUCAUGAUCACAGUGCCACGAAGAAUCUCCGUGAGCAACACCUGCCUCCUUACCAUCCUCCAGGCCAUCAUCAUCAGUCCCAGCACCUUCUGGUUGGCCAGGUUUAAACAUAAGUGCACAAAGUACAUCUUCUGUGCUUUUAUCAUCUUAUGGUUUCUUAGUUUGUCUCUAAAUAGUAACUGCCUCUUGUAUACUGCUGUUCCUUCUAAUGUGACCCAGAGCAAUCUACAGCAUGUCAGUAAAUACUGCUCAUUUUCUCACAUAAACGCCAUCAUCAGGAAAGAGUUUUUCACUUUUUUUUUUUUUUUUUUUUUUUUUUUUUUUUUUUUUUUUUUAUCCAGAGAUGUUUCCUUUAUAGGAGUCAUGCUGCUCUCAAGUGCAUACAUGGUCAUUCUCUUGUCCAGGCCUCAGAGGCAGUGUCAGAACCUUCACAACACCAGCCUGUCUUCAAGAGUCUCCUCAGAGACAAGGGCUACCAAGACCAUCCUGUUGUUGGUGACUUGCUAUGUCAUUUACUGGGUGGAUGUCAUCAUCUCCUCCUCAAGUCUGUUAUGGACAUAUGACCCUGUCAUCCUGGAUUUCCAGAAGCUUGUGCCCAAUGUAUAUGCCGCUGUCAGUGCAUUGAUAAUAACAGGUUCUGAUAAAAAAAAAAAAAAGUAA